CAAGAUUGCGAGCCGCGAGGGUUUCGCUGAGCGUGCUGGGGUUGUUCGCAAAUGGAAUAGUGGGUAUGAAAGGUGUAAUUUCCACCAGGGCUGAUUUCAUCUGGUUGAACAAGCUGGACUGAGCCAGCACCAAGAGGUUGUGCAGCCAUCUUGUGGCCUGGAGCGCUCGCCCCUCCUGAAGCUGCACCGCUUCUGACCAGCUGUGUCCAGCCAGUGGCGCUGCAGGUCCCAGUGCGCAUGUGUGAGCCCUGCUGACGCCAAUGCCGCCGGGAGCGAUGGGUGCGCCGGUCCUGCUGCUGCUGGCGGCGCUGGCGACGGGCCGUGCCGCCGCCUUCUACGUGCCCGGCGUGGCUCCGGUCGAGUUCGAGGAGGGCGCGCCGAUCAAGGUGCAGGCCAUCAAGAUGACGAGUACGCACACCCAGCUGCCAUAUGACUACUACAGCCUGCCUCUUUGCCGGCCCAAGAACGGCACGCUCGUCUACAAGUCGGAGAACCUUGGCGAAGUAUUGCGCGGAGACCGGAUCGUGAACACGCCUUACGAGGUGCAGGUGAAGAAGAACGUCGAGUGCAGGGUGCUCUGCAACUCCGUCCAGAGCCCGAUGACGUGGACGCCCGAAGAUACGAACGAGGUUAUCGGCAGGAUACGACACGAGUAUUCAGUUCACCUCUUGGUGGAUAACCUACCGUGCGCCACGCGCUUCGAGAACGUCGACUCGAAGGAGGAGCAGCUGGACCGGGGCUACCGGCUGGGUCGCGUUACUGAGAACGACGUGCUGAUCCACAACCACCUGCGUCUGGUGCUGUACUACCACACCGAGGACAACCUGAGCUUCCGCGUGGUGCGGUUCGAGGUGGAGGCGCGCUCGGUCGACCUCUCGCAGGUCGAGGACGGGCCCGGCGGCUGCACCUUCGGCAAGGAGCGCAAGGAGAUGAGGCUCGUCAAAGACACGGAAACGCGGCUGGUCUUCACGUACAGCGUGGAGUGGCGGAGCUCGCAGGUGCGCUGGGCCUCGCGCUGGGACAUCUACCUGGCCAUGUCCGACGUGCAGAUCCACUGGUUCAGCAUCGUCAACUCGGUGGUCGUCGUGCUCUUCCUCUCGGGCAUCCUGACGAUGAUCAUCAUCCGCACGCUGCGGCGCGACAUCGCCAAGUACAAUCAGGACGACAGUCUGGAGGAGGCCAUGGAGGAGACGGGCUGGAAGCUGGUGCACGGGGACGUGUUCCGGCCGCCGCAGCGCGCCAAGCUCUUCUGCGCGCUGGUCGGCAGCGGCGUCCAGAUCUAUCUGAUGGCGCUGGUCACCAUCUUUUUCGCCACGCUGGGCAUGCUGUCGCCAUCCUCGCGCGGCUCGCUCAUGACGGCCGCCAUCACCCUCUACAACUUCAUGGGCGUUCUGGGCGGCUACUUCUCCGGCAGACUGUACAAGACGAUGAAGGGCAAGAUGUGGAAGUCGACCGCACUGUGGACGGGCGUGCUCUACCCGCUGGUAGUGUCAUCUAUCGUCGUGUUCCUCAACUUCUUCGUGUGGGGCAAGCACUCGUCGGGCGCUAUCCCGUUCACGUCCAUGCUUUCCGUGCUGGCCAUGUGGUUCGGCAUCUCCGUGCCGCUCGUCCUGCUCGGAUCGUACGUGGGCUUCCGGAAGCCGCCGUACGAGCAUCCGGUGCGGACGAACCAGAUUCCGCGCCAAGUGCCCGAGCAGGCCUGGUACCUGCACCCGCUCUUCUGUUCGCUGCUGGCUGGAGUGCUGCCGUUCGGAGCCAUGUUCAUCGAGCUGUUCUUCAUCUUCUCGGCCAUCUGGGAGAACCAGUUCUACUACAUGUUCGGGUUCCUCUUCCUGGUCUACAUCAUACUCACCAUCAGCUGCAGCCAGAUCAGCAUUGUGCUGGCUUACUUCCAGCUCUGUGGCGAGGACUACCACUGGUGGUGGCGUAGCUUCGUCGUGUCUGGCGGAUCUGCCAUCUACGUUGGAGCAUAUUCCAUCUUCUACUUCUUCACAAAGCUUGAGAUCGACGAGUUCGUCCCGACGUUGCUUUACUUCGGCUACACGGCCAUCAUCGUGACCACCUUCUGGCUGCUGACGGGCACCAUUGGCUUCUGGGCCGCCUACACCUUCAUCAAGAAGAUCUACGGCGCGGUGAAGAUCGACUAGCUGCCGCGUCAGUGUGUCGCCGUCGCCGGAGGAGCGACGUCCAGAGCCGGCCGCGGCGGGCUACGCCCGGCCUCGGGCGGUCCGGCGCUGUGUGGUCCCAGAGACGCGCUAGGGACGGCGGGCGGGGCGCGCCGGCGCCGGCUGGAGAGCUGCACGGCCUGAUGCGAUCAGCAGCGUGACAACGGUGAUAGGGGGCGAGUGACGCCCUGUUCUGAACCGACUGAAAUCGUGUGGAGUGGUGACCAAGGGAGGCGUCGGAGGUGGGCAUUGCUGUGCUGUCGACCUCGGCGGUAGCUAAAUUCGGCGGCGCGUCUCGUAGACCGGGCUUGGCCGCGUGUCACGUGCUGGUGUAUGGUUGUUACUGAUUAUGUUAUCAUCGUGCGAUGUUUCUGGUGUGAGGGGAGCGUGGGUGUGGUGUGCGCCACAGGCUCCGUGGGCUUCGCAAACCAAAUAGCAAAUUCCACUACGCUGUUCUGCUAUGCUGGUCCAUACUCGAUCGAGUAUUUGUUUUCUCACGAGUCUUGUGUACCGGAAGUCGGUCUUCGAUUUAUUUAUGUACGUAUACGGUCACCCGUUUUAUGGUACAGAAUAAAAUCAUUCGUGAA